GAGUUCCCCCUGCCGCCAUCUUGUGCGUGCCUGAGGGGCCUCAGGAAAUCAGGGAGUGGGGAUUUUUCUCCUUUUUUCCUGUGGUGCCACCGGAGAGCUUCCCAAGGACGAGAGAAGGGGAUCCUUCUCCUCAGGGAGUGUGUGAGCACUUCCUAACGCUCUACGAAACACGUUCUCGCCCUUCCCGCCCCCUUGUACCCGCCCACAUGAGCUCCUGCCCUUCGCCGCCGUUGCCCCGCAACGCCCGAGUGGCCGCGGCGCCUCAGCCCCGCUGGAGCCCCCCGCGGCCGCGGCGCGAUGGAUCCCGUAGCGCAGGACAAGUACUGGAAAAACCACGUUGAAAAGGAACAAGAUGCUGCUAAAAGAUGGGCUGAGAAAUGGGGAUUUUUGAAAAUACCUCUUGAGGAGUUGAUUGGAGAUGAAAAGAAAGAAGAUGCAAAGCCCAAACUUCAGCUUCCAGAUCACCUGCAGAUUCGACCUGUGACACCUAUAGAAAAAUACAUUAAGGUGCUUCCAUCUCCUCCAGUACCUCAAACUACCCAGGGAUUUAUUGGCUGGAGAUCAAGUGUUCCAGCACUGUCACUCGAACACGAUUUUCAAUUCCAAAGCAGCAAAGGAGCUGUCUGUAGUAACAAGUGACCAUGUGAGCUCUCUGAGUGACAUUAUGAAAUAAAGAGGCACAAAGAUCCAUCUGCAUUCCUAAGGAAAUAUCCAGUAGUGGACUGUUGAUCAUUUCUGCUAUUUAUGUAAAAAUCCAUAAUCAUUUUGGUAAAGUGUGAACAUUUUCAUUUUACUUAAUUGAAUCUAUGGCAUCAAAGCUGUUAACUCUGCUUCAGAGCUUCUGCUUACAAGUUAGAAAUAACAAUGAAUAAACUCAGAUGAAGAUCACAGAGCACGUACUAGUUUUAUUAGCACUAAUAAGACUAUAAUUUAAAAACAUUCAUUGGAAGUUGGAAUGACAGUGCAAAUUUUUAUAAUUGUUUCUCCAUGAGAACCUCUACUCAUAAAAUACACUGGGUUUUGUGUUGGGUGUGCUUUACAGGUAUUUUGUGUAGUUACUCACAUAAGUGAGUAGUUCCCAGUAAAGAAAUAAAGAACACAAGGGCUGCAGUGACACAAAGUCACUUUGAAAAAUCAGUUUUAGUAUGAAAACAGGGUUUUUCCAUUAGUUGAUCAGUAUGCAAAUGGAUUACAAAGAAAUCCUUUGUAUUACUUCAGGUUUGUGUAUACUGGUAUUUGCACCAACCAGGGAGAAAUGCUCAGAGCCAGGAAGUGAUUGCACUGGGAGUUACUGGGGCAGCUCCCUUAGUGCCCUGGAGUUCAGUCCUGCACUUCAUUAUGCACCUGAAGAUUUGCCAGGAUUUCUGGAAACUCAGAAGGACUCACUAAGCUGCAGCAACUGUUUGCAUGAUGGAUUUCUAACUGGGCAAGGUGUUCAAACCACAAGGUUUAAAUAAAAAAGAGCUUCCAAGAAAACAACACAGGCAGCUCCCUCUAUCUCCUCAUCACUUAAAGGAGAAAGGUUUUACUCUUUAACCCUGCUGCAAGAUCUCCUCUGUGUUCUGCAGCCAUCAAUAUCUACUGCUUGAGUCAGCACUAAGUCCUUGGCUUUCACAGCAGUAAGGCAGCAGCCAGUGUUUGUUCUUCCCUUCUUCCCAAGAAAUGACUCACAGUGAUCAACAUCCCACCUUUCAUUUUUUUUACAUCCAUUUCCAAAUGCCCACAAAAUAAUAAUAUUUUACUUUUUUCCAUAUUCUUUACAAAUAAUGGAGAAGUGAGUCAUAUCCUUUGGAAAGAUUACCCAAGAAAGAGAAGUAACUUCAGACACUUUACUUAAAACCAGUAUAAAGAAUAACUUGGAAUCAGACUCUGGAAAUUGAAGUUAAAUUGCAGUUUAGCUACUAACCAUAACCUGUGUACACUGUUCUUUGGACAACCAAGAUAAUUGUAAGAACAAUAUUUAAAUUCAGUGUUCUUUCUUCUCAUUGCCAGGUUUGUGUCUCUUGAUUAUUUUAAUCAUGUGGUAUGUGGUUCUUCAGUUUAUUUUAAGGUCAUAAGAUCUUACUCUUGUCUGGUUUAUAUAAACAGAUAUAAUAAUGAUUAAUAUGUAAUUUAGUAGCAAUUAAAUUGCAUUAAUUUAGGCUAAACAAAA